GCAAGAGGUAAUUCACCACGCUGAGUCGAGUGGCAAUGUUUAUUUUUCGAUCCAAAAUACAUUAACGCUAUAAUUUUAAUAUUCCUCAAAUUAUGACUCCAGCCGCUAGAUGGCGCCAGAACGUGAAAUUUCAGGAUUAUUAAAAUUAUAGCAUUAAUGUAUUUUGGAUCGAAAAAUAAACAUUGCCACUCGACUCAGCGUGGUGAAUUACCUCUUCCAAGGUCGUUUUCCGAACGAUUCUACUUGAAUUGACCGAAAUCGGGGAUCUCAGCAAAACCCGUAUAACUCCUGAACUAAAUGAGAUGGAAAGUUGGGCCUUGCUUAGUUCAAAAGAGACCUUCUUUCUACCAAAUGGUCAUGACAGAAUCCAUAACUAUAGCAGAAUUGCGUUCAAAAUACUGUUUGCAAAAUGUCCGUUGUGAUUUCAUCUGAUUGGUCCAUUAUGAACCAAUUAAAUUUUUGCAUUGAAAUCUGGCCCCAACAUUUCUCUGUCCAAUGGUGAAAAGCGCAUUUCUCUAUCAUGUUCCGUUCAGAAGUUAUUAAAAAAACACUAAGGUCUCUUUUGUUUUGAAACGGAUAAUAGUUUAGAAUCAUUUUUUUUCUCCAAAAAUAUUACGAAAAUAUAGAUCUUAUCGAUAAUACAUUUUUCUCACAGUUCAAUUAAUCAUUUUGUUAAAAGACAUAGCUUAUUGUUUUUAAAAAUGUCUAUCACUAAAAUAGAACUUGUCAAGUUUAACAUUAUUUCAUUAUCACUUCAUUCGAUGAGUCAUUGUUUAAUAAAAAGUGUUAAUCUCAUAUGAAGUUUAUUCUUGUACUACUAUCGCUUUUACUUUUUCUCGUUCAUCGUUCCAUUAAUAGUACUGUUUGUCGAUGGUGAGGUAUCAACAUAUAUAUCGAAUAAAUAAUCAGAAGAUAUAUUUAUAUAAUUAUAGGUCACCAAUUCAAUGUGGUUGUGCAUUUUAUCAACCAAUAAUACGUGCUCGUAUUGUUGGUGGUAUUGAAAGUAUACCACAUUCAUGGCCAUGGAUUGUUAGUAUUCGAUUAGCUUCAACAAAUUCUCCUUUUUGUGGUACAUAUUUAGAUCUAUUAAUUAGUUUUCAAUUUCUUUUUGUGCUUAUAUUAUAUUUAGGUGGUUCACUUAUCACUGAUCGAUAUGUUCUUACAGCUGCUCAUUGUUUUUAUGAUGAAUUAAAAAAGACUGGUGGUAAAACGACUGCAGCAAUCAGAUCUAAAUAUAUCAUUGUAAUUGGUGCUCAUUAUUCAACAGAAAAAAAUACAUAUUUAAAUAGUCAUUUACGUAUACCAGCAAAUUUAAUUAUAAUACAUCCACAAUAUGAUACAAAUACAAAAGUCAAUGAUAUUGCUCUUAUUGAAUUAAGUAGAUCAGUAGAUUUAGCUGAUAAAACAAUUGGUUUUAUAUGUUUACCUAUGACUACAUUACGUUAUCCAAAAUUAUUUCCUUCUGAUCAAGCAAAUGCUGUAAUGUUUCAAAUGUAUUACUUUCUUCUUUCUUUAUACAAAUAUCUUCAGAUUGCUAUUGGAUGGGGACGUGUACGUGAAGGUUCUUUGGGUCGCGCUAGUAAUGUACUUUUACAAGUUGAAUUACCUAUUCAAUCACCUUAUAUUCGACCAUCAGAUUGCGCUGAUCAAGUCUAUGAUCCAGAAAAACAAUUUUGUGCUGGUGUUACUCAAGGCGGAAAGGAUACUUGUCAAGGCGAUAGUGGUGGACCAUUGAUGUUGACUUAUAAUCAUACAUGGCAAAUUGUUGGAAUUACUAGUUAUGGUGAGGGUUGUGCACGAGCUCGUAAACCAGACUAUUUUCAAUCAUUUUUAGGUGUGUAUACUCGUAUAAGUGUUUAUCGCGAUUGGAUCAAUUAUACAAUAAGCAAAAAUAUAUUGAAUUAUGAAACACAACUUUUUAAUAUACCAAAUAAUAUUGAUAUGAGUAAUGAUCUAGAAAUUUGGUGGGAUAGAGAAGUUAAUAGUAAUGCUGUAUGCUAUGUAAUACCGAUUACUAGUGUGUUACUUUUGUGUUUAUUAGAUGCAUUUAUUUUAUUGUAUCAAUAACUGAAAAAAAUCAACGAUUAAAAUAUUCGAUUAAGAACUGUAGCAAAAAAAAAAAAAAGAAUCAUCUAUAAUUUAUAAAUUUAUUGCGAGAACUGAACUCGAUUAUUUCACUCAAACAGUGGUGAUCCGAUUGGGAAUGUACGUCUUUCAGUUAUUGUAACAGAGAUCAGACAUCAGUCAAGAAAUAUAAAAAAAAUUAUAAAGUAUCAUUUUUUUCCAUUUAGCAACUGUAAAUGACCAAUCAUCUACAUAUUCCAUUACAUAUCUAAGAUCAUCGUAAAAUCGUUUAUCUCUUAUGAAGAUGAAUUGUAAUGAUUUUGCGCUUGCAACGAGAUGAGUAUAUAGACUUUUUUCCGAAUUUGAUAAUGUUCACCAGUUAUUGUAAUCUAUUGAUCGUUCGAAUUUUCGCUGAACAUUCGAUAAAUGAACAUAUCCAAUGUUUUGUAUACGUUAUUGUUUUGUUCAAUUUGAAUAUGUAUUUACAUAUCUUACACAAACAAACUUAUUUUUUUCUUUCUAUGACUGAAUAAAUGAAAUAACUGACGAUGAUGACUGAUUUACAUUUAAUGAAAAUGAAGCAGCGGUGGUCACGAUAAUAAUGAUUAUAAUACAAGAAUACUACAAUAAGGAAAAAAAUAAUAAUAGACUUUUUUCAGUAUUUUCCAUUUGUGACAUCUUUCCUUUAUACACGUGUUACGAAGAGUAGUCAUUUUGGGCAACAAAAGCUGUUAGGAAAUACUAGAUAUAGGAAAAGAGAAUGUUUGCUUAGCUUAACAAUGAUUCUUGCUUCAUGAAAUAGUUUCAGCUAUACACUACUAUAGUUAAUUUUUGUAAACUUAUAACAUAAUUUUGGGAAAUUUUGAAACUCUUUUGAAUUCGAUAUGAAAUCAAGUUUCUUUCUCAAAUGACUAGAAGACGAAAUUGACUUCGUUACAUUCUGUAAAAAAAUUUUUUUUUUUUUAGUCGAAAAGGAUAAAGAUGGAUAAGACCAUUUCCUUGCUUUCCAUAGAUUUGAAAUUUUUCUAUUGGAAUCGAGUCGGGUAUGGUCUCUGAUUAUAUUUCGUGAUACAUGACAUGGCGGCUUUUGAUCUCACAGAUUUUCCAAAAAGCUUUUUUUUCUGCAUUUCAAUUGCAACAUAUCUAGGAAUACCUAUUUCAGUAUGUUGAUCUCUCUGACUGAACUUCGCUGUCAUUAAGCCUAAACUGCCAGUAAAUUGUAGUAAGGAAAAAGCUUUUUCUUAUAUGAAAUUCCGAGAUGUAUCUGAUUCUUAACUAAAAAUGAUCAGUUAAAGUCAAUUUAAAAGGCAACCUAGCGGUUUUGGACUAAAAUGUGAUUUUUGCUGUCUAUUAUUGCAAAUAAGAUUCAUCUAAACAUUUGUUUUUUCUUUGUUCAACAAUUAUUGUAUUUCAUUAUUUUAGAGUGAGUAGUACGUAAGAUAAGAAUUUUUUUAUGUCUUGAAAAGUUUCUUAUUAUUACUAUUAAUCCAUUUUAUAAAAAUUUUGUACAAACAUGGACUGAUAAAAGUCAAUAACUAGACAAAGACCUGAGAGAAAUAUUUUCUAUUGAAAUAUCAUAAUAAUGCUUUGUUCCUUGUUAGUCAAUUUUACUGUGAAUGAUAUUAACCCUUUACCCCCCAUAGCGCUUCCAGAAGAGCCACUGAUAAAAUAACUUUAUAAAUAGAGUAUUAGCCUAUUGAAUAUGCCAAUGGUGCGGCCUA